UCCAUUAUGGCGACGGACUUAGAAAUUCAUAAUGGCCGAAGAAAAUGUUAUAGAAUACAAACAAGCGAAUGACUUUCUCAUCAGAAAAUAUGUAGAUGCCCAGUGAUUAUGUUUAGCUAACAAAAUUCCGUACUUGCAUCUUCCAAAGAAUGCUGUAAUUGGUAAAAUUGGUAACGAAAUUUGUGUGUUACGAAAAGGUUCGUUCUUGUUUAUGCUUCAGGUAGCAACACGAUAUACUGUUUGAAAUGACAGCUGACAUUAUCCUGUAGCUACUGCUUUUGUAAAACAUCUAGUCUCAAGAAGAUUAGCAGCUGUUUUUGCCAAAGUCUGGUGCCGUGUUACACGAACUUCUCAGAAGCUGUUGUAUCAUAGGUCAUAUAUUAGCACUUCUCUAGUCAAAACAUAGUGUUCCGAGCCAAAAAUCACACAUUUUAUGCACAUAUAAACUGCAUCCAUUGCCAAUAUGGAAAAAUAUGAGAAAAUUAGCAAAAUUGGUGAAGGUUCUUAUGGUGUUGUGUUUAAGUGCCGGAACAGGGAGACGGGGACGCUUGUUGCUAUCAAGAAGUUUGUGGAGUCUGAGGAAGAUCCACUAAUAAAGAAAAUAGCCAUGAGAGAAAUCAGAAUGUUAAAGCAACUGAAGCAUCCUAAUUUGGUCAACUUAAUUGAAGUGUUCAGAAGGAAGAAACGUCUCCAUCUAGUUUUUGAAUAUGUAGAUCAUACGGUGCUAAAUGAACUGGACAGGCAUCCAAGGGGGGUGCCAGAGCCACUUGUCAAGAGAAUUAUAUAUCAAACUCUGCUGGCAGUGAAUUUCUGUCACCAACACAAUUGUAUACAUAGAGAUGUGAAACCUGAAAAUAUCCUAAUAACACGACAGGGGCAAGUCAAACUCUGUGAUUUUGGGUUUGCCAGGGUUUUGACUGGACCUGGAGAUGAAUAUACAGACUAUGUAGCCACUAGGUGGUACAGAGCCCCUGAAUUGUUAGUGGGGGACACGUGCUACGGUCCCCCAGUAGAUAUCUGGGCAAUAGGGUGUGUGUUUGCCGAGUUACUGACGGGUCAGGCAUUAUGGCCAGGAAAGUCAGACGUAGACCAGCUUUACCUUAUAAAGAAAACUCUAGGAGACUUACUACCUCGUCAUGAGGAGAUUUUCUCCAACAACACAUUCUUCAAAGGAAUGACCAUUCCAGAGCCUGAUAGAAUGGAAUCGCUGGAAGAAAAGUUUCCCAACAUUACUUCAACAGCUAUGAGCUUUAUGCAGGGGUGUCUAACUAUGGAUCCAGCGCAGCGGUUAAGCUGCACCACACUUUUGCAGCAUCCAUACAUGGACCAAAACAAAGAAAUCUAUGAUGCACCAAACCGCAAAGAAAAGUCCGAGAGAAAGAAUAAAUCUAUUUCUCGUGCCAGUAACCACUAUUACCAUCCACAGCUGCCGCAGUUGACAGGGAACCCUGGUUUUAACAUGUCUACCUCCCCUAUACCAGCCUCCAAGUUCAACAAGAAACACAAAUAUGACCACCACCUUCCCAACAUCUGACUUUUCGGCCAAGGGGUUCUACGUCAUGACAACUAGACUGAGGAAGCUAGCAUGAUGUCGUAUCCUGGAGGCCUAUUCACAUCGGGAGCAAUGGAACUUUUGUUUGUGGUGUAUAUGUAAAACUUUUGUCAAGCACGUUUGGAGCUUUUCUCUAAUUUUUUUUUUUGUUCAGCCAUUUUUGGGAUGUUCAAAACAGCCUCCUUAUUGACUUCAUCUUGAUAAACAUGACGGAAAAUUGGGACGAUUUUUCAUCAUCCAUUUUAAUGUUUAAUGAAAGAUUGUAUUGAUACCGGUAGAUAUAUAUAAAUAUAUAUAUAUAUAUUGAUUACAUGAUUUGUAUGCGAUAAAAUUUUGAUGUUUUAAUCAGUCUCAAUUUUUUAAAACAUUAUUGUUUUCUAAUUUUGUUACAGGAAAGAUAUCAUGACAUGUUUUUUUUUCCAGUUUAUCAUGACAUUUUCCUAUAUAUAUGUCGAAGGAUUUUCCCUCCAUCAAUUGAUAGUACAAUUUAUAAUUUUGCCUGUACUCUGCUCUAUUUAUUUUUUAAUUGGUUUACUAUUAUACAUGAUUGCAUCAGGUGACUGGUAUAUUUUGUAAAAUUUGUUGUUUUAGUAUACAUGUGUGAAUGUGUUGUGGUAAUACAUGUACUGGUAUAUGUUACUUUUUUGGGGCAUAAAUUUAUUAAUUCAUGAUGUGAAAUAUGUAUAGAUGUUAUCACAUGUUAGAGCAAAUCAUACUGUAUGCAUAUUGCAAGAAGGAUACUUAUAAUCUAAAUUAAAAAAAACAAAAACAAAAACAAAAUACUAUCAAUAAUUCCCCAUUCUAAUUUCUGAUAAAUUCAGGAAAGUAAAAAAAAAAUCAUAAAAGUUUGCUUUUUUUAAUAAAACAUCUAUGCUCAGUUAAAAAACAUUAGGAAAAAUUAUUAUUUGUAUCCUUCUUGUGCAGUUUAAUUGUUCAUUGAGGUAAUUUUGUCCAUGGAAUCAGAAUGUUCAUGCAUCAUUAAGGAGGUUGUUUUGAAUCUUUUGCACCAUAUAGCUAACAAUUUUAUCCUAAUUUUGAAUAUUUAAUAAGGUAAAUAUUCACAAGAGGUUUUUUUUUUAAUAUCUUGUAUAUCAAAUAGAUUAGUGAAGAGAAAAAUGCUUUAAGAAAGGAAAUUGAGUGAUUUGUUUGAUCUUUCCACUUAAGAUUCUAGAAAUUUUUAGUUAAGCAUGAAUGAGACUAGCGUGAAGUGAAAAAAAUAUUGUUGAAUAACAAUUAAAGCCAUAUGUCUAUUAGAUUUACAGUAUAUCCAAAUAGUACAGUAUCAAUGCUUAAAUAUAAUGCUAGAAUACAAAUAACAUAUAAUGCAUUAGUUAAUUUUUUUUUUGAGGUUAAGGGUGAUAGAAAACAUUUGCAACAUUCUUUCAAAAGAAAAGCUUUAAUCAGAGAAAGUUGCAAAGGUUGAAGCAUUAACAUGAUCAAAAUUGUAGGUAGUUUGAAUCUUUUGUUCAGAAGCUGUAUUUUUAUGAUGUAUUUUGUUUAGAACAGAUAAAACAGAAAAGAAAAUGGCAAUUAAGGGAGUUGGAAGUUGAUCUAUUAAGAUUUACUGAUUGGCUUUUGUAUGCAAAUAGACAGAUUUCAUGUAAAAAAAAAAGUUAUUAAAAAAAUAUCAAAUGUCUAUUUUAAAAGCUAACAGCAUCAAUAAUUCUGCUAUUAGAAAUAAGUUUGUUUAAAAAUAAACAAAGUCUCAGGAUGGCAUAUAGGAAUAAGUUUGAUGUAUUAGAUGGCUCCAAUGCUUUGUUUUCCCCCAUCAGACACCAGCUUUAUAGAGUGAUAUUUCAGGCACAUCUUGUGUACUAACCCCUGCUUCCCUCAGCACUAAUUUCUCUCUGCCUUUCUCCGUUGCUUCCGACGUUGCCUCCCAAAGAAAAACAAAAAAAAUUCAUCAUAGCAACGACUUGUCGAAAUAUGGUGUAGGUGAUUUUUAAGUUUUCAUAUUGUAUUAAACCAUAAUUCCACUCUCCAUUUCAGGGCUUGUUUUUCAAAUAAAUUGUUUUGUUUUGAUGUCAUCUGCCAUUUUUUGAUCAUGUAAAUAAUAUGCUUUGUGUAGAUAAUAUAUAAAUAUACUUGUAUAACCUCAUGAAUUUCAAUUUUUUUGUAUAGAUUGUAGAUCUUUUUCUUGGCUAAUGAUGUAAAUAUGUUGUUGCCUUUGACACGUAUUUUACAUUCCGUAUAACAAAUAUGUAUGUAUGUAUAUAUAUACUCAUGGAAUCAUAUCUGGUUGUAAGGAGAUCGCAUUGAUCUGAUCAGCUUUAACUUUUUUUAUAUUUAUUUGUGAUAAAACAAAAGCUACACAGUUAUCUGUAGCCAAUGAAACACACCAUGUCUGGGGCUGAGUGCAAAAUUACCAGGCAUAUCAGUUAUGCUUUCCUGCAGACAGAAUGAUUUGUCUUGUAAUUCAGAGGAAAGGAAAUAUUUUUUAACCAUUCCAGCAUGGGACAUAGAUAAUUGGUUUUCAGAGGAUUUAUUUAUUUAUUUUUUUUUUUCCUGGCAAUUUACAGUAGAUGAAAACAGUUAUGAGGAUUGUAUUCUAUUGUUUCUAAUGAACAAAACUUUGGAUCUGAUUUGGAAUUUUUUUUUUAAUUCUCUGUCCAUGUAGAUUGGUAAUUCAAGGAGAGUAGAAAUACUAAAUAACAUUAUUUUCCGUGAAUUCAAAUGCCUGUUUUUUAAUUGCCUUUGAUUUCUACCCCACAUGAAUGUCUAACUAAAUCUUAUCUCUUUAGACAUGAAUAGGUCUAUAUUUAUAUCUAUUGAUUAUCAAGUAGAUGUAGACUUUUAUGAUUGUUUUCUAAGGGUUUUUUCCCUUUCUGCACAUUUUUUAUGGUGAAAAAUUUAUUUAGGGAAAUAGGUUUAUUUUCUUUCUUUCAAAAGCAAGGAAAUUGUAGUAAACUUUAAAUGUGUUAAAGGGAGACAACCAUGUAACAGACAACACAUGUGCUGCAUCUUUGGUUUUUUUUUAAUUUUAUUUUUUGGUACCUUUUGGGUUCCUUCAUAUUGUGGCUGUAUUUAGUCUAUUAGAAGCACCUGGUCUAGAUGUAAUAGUUUUAUGGCCAAAGGUAGAAUGGGAAAUUAUUAUCAUUAUAUUUUCUGAUGUCAGUCUUUUUAAAAAAAUAAUAAUUCUAUCAUUUUAAAUUGUUAUUUGUAUUUAGAAAUUAAAUGUUAUCAGUACAAUCA